AUGUUGCUUCUGACUACUCUUUUUGCCGUAUUGCUCUGGCCCGUGGCUGUCGCUGCAGCCUGGGGUUGGAAAGAUCAAAAUGGCAACUACGUGAUUGACUCAGGGGCUGACCUUGUCAUCAGCGUCAGCAAGUCCAACGGUGACAUCAACUCGCUCAAGUACAAGGGCCAGGAGUUUAACGGUUGGGGCGGCAAGAAUACCCAUGUCGAAUCUGGUCUUGGAGCCAGCACCGUCUCUAUCGCUUCUGUCGGCAGCAAUGUCAUCAAGGUCUCGGUCCAGCACGGAACUCUUAAGCAUUACAUUGUGGUGCGAUACAAGAACAACAAUGUCUACCUGUUCACCAACAAGGCUGAUACCAGUAUUUCGGCCAUGCGGUACAUUGUGCGCAUCAAGCCUGGCAUUUUCAGCCAUGCCUCGACCGACGCCGACUACUAUGAUCCUGGAAGCUCAUACAUCGAGGCCUCCGAUGUCAGCAUCAACAGCAACGGCAUCACCAAGAGCAAGCACUACCAGGGAAAUACCUAUGGACGCACCAUGGACUAUGACUACGUGGGCAAGUCAAACGGCAAGGUUGGUCUGUACAUGAUCCGUUCCAACCACGAAAAGGCUUCCGGUGGCCCCUUUUUCCGAUCUCUUCUUACCCGAGCCGAUGCAACCGGCGAGGAUCUGUAUGACAUUUACUACUACAACAUGGGCAGCACGGAUCCCAUGAGAUUCGGUCUUCAGGGCCCUAGUGUCUUGACUUUCACUGAUGGAGGCGCCCCCAACUCCAACCUGUUUGCUCGUAACGCAGACUGGACCUGGAUUGAUGGCCUCGGAUUGGAUGGAUGGACUAAGUGGGGUGACCGUGGCUAUGCUUCGGGUGUCGGAAUCUCCAACAUGAAGGACGGCUACACUUACACCGUCGGCCUGUCCAACGCCCAGGCCCAGUACUGGGGAGUGGCUUCAGCUGGAAAGGGCGCAUGGUCAAUCAAGAAGAUCAUCCCCGGUACCUACACCAUGACUGUGUACAAGGAGGAGCUGGAGGUCUAUACCGGAACAGUCACCAUCAACAAGGGCGCUGGCACAGCCGUCAACACUGUCAAGGCCACCGAUCCCGCCGACGACAACGCCAUCUGGCGCAUUGGAGAAUGGGACGGCACACCCCGAGGUUUCCUGAACUUUGAGGACAAGAUGAUGAAGCCUACGUAUAUGCACCCGUCUGACAAGCGACUGGCCAACUGGGAUGCCGGCAACUUUAUUGUUGGAACCAGCAAGGCGAAUGGCUUCCCCGGAUAUAUGUGGCAGGACAUCAACAACAACCACCUCGUCUACUUCCGCCUGAACCAGGCACAGCUCGGAAAGGAUCACACGAUCCGUCUUGGCAUCACCCAGGCUUACAUCAACGGACGACCUACCAUCAAGGUCAACGACUGGUCAGCACGCACACCCGGAGCAACCAACCAAGCCAGCACGCGAAGCUUGACUACCGGCACCUACCGUGGAAACAAUGUCAAGCUUGAGUUCACGGUUCCGAAGAGCGCCUUCAAGCAGAGCACGAGUGAGUGGCAGAUCAUGACCAUCAGCAUCGUGACCGGAAGCUCUGGCACGAAGUAUCUUAGUGGAGGUGUCAGCUUUGACAGUAUUGACAUGUUGGCUUAG